CAUCUGCCCCAACCGCCCUUUAAAAUACUAAACAAACACGUGCAAUGCCCCCCAACUCCAGGAUUAAAAUUCUCUAGUGUCUCUCUCGUAAUUUCCCAUAAAAUAGAGGCAAAUAAUACAACAAACUCACAGCUCUGUAUUUAGCUCACCUUCUUCUCUAAGCCACACCCAUAUUUCUUUGACUACAUAGCUUGAUCAAACCGGUUGGGCGGGCGGCAUAUUCUGAUUUGGUGGUUUAUCAGAGGAGGGGAGACGGCGUCGUUUGGGGUUGGGAUGACGUCGGGGACGAGGCUGCCGACAUGGAAGGAGAGAGAGAACAACAAGAGGAGAGAGAGGCGGAGAAGAGCGAUCGCUGCCAAGAUCUACGCGGGACUGAGGAUGUACGGGAAUUACAAGCUCCCCAAACACUGCGACAACAACGAGGUCUUGAAAGCUCUCUGUAGAGAAGCUGGUUGGAUCGUCGAAGAUGAUGGCACUACCUACAGAAAGGGUUGCAAACCUGUUGAUCGCAUGGAAAUAAUUGGUGGGUCAGCUUCAGCAAGUCCAUGUUCAUCAUAUCAACCAAGUCCAUGUGCAUCCUACAAUCCAAGCCCUCCUUCAUCUUCAUUUCCUAGUCCGGUCUCAUCACGUUACGCUGCCAAUGCCAUUAGUAACGCCGAUGCCAAUUCCCUUAUCCCAUGGCUUAAAAACCUCUCUUCAGGUUCAUCAUCAGGCGCGUCGAAGCUGCCCCAUCAUCUCUUCAUCCAUGGAGGUUCUUUAAGUGCUCCAGUGACCCCGCCAUUGAGCUCUCCUACUGCCCGAACUCCCCGAAUGAAGGAUAGUUGGGAUAACCCAGCUGGUGGUUCGGCCUGGGCUGGACAGCACAGUGCCUUCCUACCCUCUUCUACACCACCAAGUCCUGGUCGUCAAACCCCAAAUGAUUCAGGAUGGCUUUCUGGUGCUCAAACUCCCCAAGAAGGGCCUUCAUCUCCCACAUUUAGUCUUGUUUCACCAAACCCAUUUGGAUUCAAGGAGGCAUUUUCAGGUGGAGGGUCUCGAAUGUGGACUCCUGGGCAAAGUGGAACGUGCUCUCCAGCAGUUACAGCGGGUUAUGAUCAAACAUCAGAUGUUCCAAUGUCUGAUGGAUUUGCAGCUGAGUUUGCAUUUGGGAGUAAUGCCACAGGGGUAGUGAAGGCAUGGGAAGGAGAGAGGAUUCAUGAGGAAUGUGUUGCUGAUGAUCUUGAGCUUACACUUGGAAACUCUAGAACCAGGUAAGAUAGGAAAAUUUGACUGGAGAAAGGAGGGAGAAAAAUAUCCAUUUGUAUCUAUUGAUUUGGUUUCUACCUUUCUUUGUGAAAUUCAGGAAGUAACUUGUUAUCGUGUUUGAUCAAUCUGAAUUCAGCUAUUCUGCUUAGCAGAUAAGGAGAACAGUUCUUUCUUUCUUUCUUUCUUUCUUUCUUUCCUUUUUACUUUCUUCUUCUUCUUAUUUAUUUAUUUAUUUAUUUUUGGGAGGGGGGAAGUACAAAUUAUUAAUUAAACUAUAAAUAGUUUAUGUAGUGACUUUUGAACUUUUGUGGGCUAUCCUUUUUUUUUUAAUAGAAUUUUCCGUUACAGCACAGAUACUCCAGUUUAUUGUUGUGUGAUAUUUUUUCUUGUAAUCGAAAAUGAUUUUGGAUGUCAAGAUUAAAACUGUUUGGUUGUA